AUGGAGAGAUAUGAGGAUUUGAAAGACAUAGGGUCUGGGAACUUUGGUGUUGCCAAGCUUGUGAGGGAUAAAUUCACUGGUGAGCUUUAUGCUGUCAAGUAUAUAGAAAGAGGCCAGAAGAUAGAUAUAUAUCAUGGGUUUAGCGGAAGGAAGGGGAGGGUUGGGGGAAGAGGAGGGGCGAAGAUGAGUUUCAGUCCAUUCCCGCAUAAUGAUGUGGACUUUGAACAUUAUCAAGCUGAAGUUGAUAACAACUGA